AUGCGGCCUGCGCACCUCAAUCUCGACGUCGGUGCUCACAGUCGACCAGUGUAUCAACAUCCAAAAAGCCCUAAUACACCAGGAGAUCCAUUCUCAUUCUUUAACUCGCCGGGCUACCUUUCUCAUCAAUGGCAGACCUUCGGCGUUCAGAUCCACGACGACACUCCCAUUCACGGUGGAUUGCUGUUGAACCACGAUGGUCUCUCACCGCUGCUUGUCUCAUCCGACUUGGAGACACACGAGGUUUAUUACCAGCGGGAGCGGGAGCAGUACCAGCGAGAAUCCCAGCCAGCUUCUUCCCCACGUUUAAGACCUGUGUUUCUGCGUAUUAACACCGGCACUGGUAUCAGCGAUCCCACAACGCCUCUCUCUCCUACCCUCUCCGAUUCCGGUCUGGCCUCUCCCUCGCUCCCUGUUAUAUCCCCACAUGCAUCUGAGCGCUCGAAGCGUCUCAGCAGACGCAAACGUACUACUCUAGCCGCGGUCACGCCUUCGUGUCUUAACACGCAGGCGUCCUGGCUCAUACUCUACUUCGCAUUCAAUCUUGGCCUAACCUUGUAUAACAAAUUCGUUCUCGUACAAUUCCCGUUUCCCUACACUCUAACUGCUCUCCACGCGCUUUGCGGGAGUAUCGGCGGAUGGAUCCUGCAAUUGCGCGGAGUAUAUGUGCCUACAUCCUUGACCUCGCGACAGCACGGCGCGCUCGCUUCUUUUAGCGUGCUAUAUGCUGUUAACAUUGCCGUUAGCAAUGUCUCCCUGCAGAUGGUCACCAUUCCGUUUCAUCAGGUCGUACGCGCUGCGACCCCAAUCUUUACCACUGUGCUGUCUAUGAUAAUGUUUAAUGCGCGAUUCAGCACGCUCAAGAUCGCGUCCCUCCUCCCCGUCAUGGCUGGCGUAGCUCUCGCGACUUACGGUGAUUAUUACUUCACUUGGUGGGGUCUGCUCCUCACAUUACUUGGCACAUUUCUCGCUGCUCUCAAAACGAUCUACACCAACGUCCUGCAAUCUACACCACCGUUGACUUCCGCUUCCAACCAUAAGGUUAUACACCUUCUGCCUGUCCCGCCGCGCAUGUCCCUGCAUCCUCUGGAUCUGCUUACGCGCACGUCUCCAUUAGCGUGCGUACUAUGUAUGCUCUAUGCGUAUUCCUCUGGAGAGUUGUCCCGCGCACGACAAUCAUUCGCACCCAGCGGGGUCGUAGAGUGGUCGCAUGUACUCGUCCUUCUUGGUAAUGGCGUGAUAGCAUUUGGACUCAAUGUAAUCAGCCUCAGUGCUAACAAGCGCGUAGGCGCACUGAAUAUGACCGUCGCUGCUAACGUCAAGCAAGCCUUGACAAUUCUUUGCGCGGUCGCGCUAUUCCACUUGACCAUCACCCCGAUGAACGCGUUCGGUAUCUGCGUCACACUCGCCGGUGGCGCGUGGUACGCCUGGGUUGAAUAUUGCGACAAGAUGCAGCGGAAGCGGGCGCCAGAGAAGCAUAAAUUGACCGGAAGCGGAAGGGCAAAGUAA